UUCUGAAACUUUGACCCUUUCAAGAUGGCGGACUCACCGAGCCGCCUGUCCAAAUUUGACCCAAGUGACGCAAAUGACCCCGGCUGACGUCUGGACGUCGAACUAUUUCUGGUUGAAGGUGUCAGCGGUGUGCUUUUCUUUCCGCUUGCUUAAGAGAGCUGUCCACUAUGGCAUUAAGAAGAGUGUGUUGCCUACUUGGCAGGCCACAGAGAUGUGUGUUCACUUCAGGGUUAAGAGCUCAGGGCACUGUAGCACAGGCUCAGAGAGAGGCAGAGAAGCGUGGCGAGAAGAAACAAGUCAAAGCACCAAAAGUACAGUUUAACUGGCGUGAUUCCCUCGACCUGGAGAGUCUGCUGACGGAGGAGGAGAUCAUGAUCCGGGACACCUUCCACACCUACUGUCAAGAGAAACUCAUGCCACGCAUCCUGCUGGCCAACAGAAAUGAAGUUUUCCAUCGGGAGAUUUUGAAUGAGAUGGGUGAGCUUGGAAUUCUAGGCCCAACCAUUAAAGGCUACGGCUGUGCUGGAACGAGUUACGUGGCGUAUGGACUAAUUGCACGCGAGGUGGAGAGAGUGGACAGCGGAUACCGCUCAGUGAUGAGUGUGCAGUCCUCUCUGGUCAUGCACCCAAUCAACGCUUAUGGCACAGAGGAGCAGAAGGAGAAAUAUCUCCCCAGACUGGCACGGGGAGAGAUUCUGGGCUGCUUUGGCCUGACUGAGCCCAACCAUGGCAGCGAUCCCGGUAGCAUGGAGACCAGAGCCAAGUACAACCCAUCCAGCCGCAGCUUCAGCCUCACGGGGUCCAAAACAUGGAUCACAAACUCUCCUGUGGCUGAUAUUUGUGUGGUGUGGGCCAAGUGUGACGAUAAUAAAAUACGUGGUUUUAUCCUGGAGCGAGGCAUGAAAGGUCUCAGCACCCCCAAAAUCGAGGGCAAGUUCUCGCUGCGCGCCUCUUCCACCGGCAUGAUCAUCAUGGACGACGUGGACGUGCCAGAGGAAAACCUGUUACCCAACGUGUCUGGACUCGGGGGUCCAUUUGGCUGCUUAAACAACGCUCGCUAUGGGAUCGCCUGGGGAGCGUUAGGAGCAGCAGAGUUCUGCUUCCAUGCAGCACGUCAGUACACACUGGACAGGAUCCAGUUUGGGGUGCCAUUGGCCAGAAACCAGCUGAUGCAGAAGAAGAUGGCAGACAUGCUAACGGAGAUUACAAUCGCCCUGCAGUCCUGUCUGCAGCUGGGCAGGCUUAUCGAUCAGAAGAAAGCAAGUCCAGAGAUGAUCUCCAUGCUUAAGAGGAAUAGCUGUGGGAAGGCGUUGGACAUUGCCAGACAGGCACGAGACAUGCUGGGUGGCAACGGCAUCGCUGAUGAAUACCACAUCAUUCGCCAUGUCAUGAACUUAGAGGCCGUCAACACAUAUGAAGGUACUCAUGAUAUCCAUGCUCUGAUCCUGGGCAGAGCCAUCACAGGCCUGCAGGCGUUUACUGUGGAGAAGUAAAUCACUAAUCCGCUCCCCAAAACAGCACAGCACUUGUACUAUAUAGAAUGCUACUUGCUUGUCUAAUGAACAUACUGUGUGGAACUGAUGUUUAAAGUGAGAGUACAUUUCUGACCAUUGUAAGCGGUCUAUUUAAGUCACUGACUUUCUCAAAAUGUCAUUAUUUUAAGUUUAUCUUUAUCUUCAGAAGACAUUUCAAACUAUUUUUGUACUCUGAAAUCAAUUACUCCUUAAUUUUGUAUAUAAAUUAUGUUAAUUUAAAAGCAGUGAGGGAGAGGACAAAAAUUCUGAAUGCAUAGUAAAUAAAUGUCAAAAUCUGAAAGAAUAGAAAAAAUUGAAUCUAGUGAACUUAAGCUAAUGUGUGCAAUUGUUUUUGACACCGAUUUUGUUCCUGUUUUAAGAUACAGAUUGUAUUCGGACAAUGGUUUAAAAAAUUUCUUCUGUAAGAAGUCAAAAUGAAAGGUGAUGCUAUAUCCCAGUUGUUUGGAUUUUAAAGAGAAAUUAAACAUUGAAACAAGUGUAAAAAUAUUAAAUCUACCUACAGCUACAAUUAAAUAA